AAAUAGCAGCGGCUGCGGAUCCGCCCGCGGACUGAACGAGGGGAAGGCGGGGACCGCAGGACGCCAGCUGGCGGGGCGCGGCGCGGCUCCGGAGGAUGCUGAGCCCCUGUCCGGCCCGGCCCCGAGCUCAUGAUGGCCAUCCGGGAGCUCAAAGUCUGUCUCCUCGGGGACACCGGUGUCGGGAAAUCGAGCAUCGUGUGUCGCUUUGUCCAGGAUCACUUUGACCACAACAUCAGCCCAACCAUUGGGGCAUCUUUUAUGACCAAAACAGUGCCUUGUGGAAAUGAACUUCAUAAGUUCCUCAUCUGGGACACUGCUGGUCAGGAACGGUUUCAUUCACUGGCUCCCAUGUACUAUCGUGGAUCCGCAGCAGCUGUCAUAGUGUAUGAUAUUACCAAACAGGAUUCAUUUCAUACCUUGAAGAAAUGGGUGAAAGAACUGAAAGAACAUGGUCCAGAAAACAUUGUGAUGGCUAUCGCUGGAAACAAGUGCGACCUCUCAGAUAUUAGGGAGGUGCCCUUGAAGGAUGCUAAGGAGUACGCAGAGUCCAUUGGUGCUGUUGUGGUUGAGACCAGUGCAAAGAAUGCAAUUAAUAUCGAAGAGCUCUUUCAAGGAAUCAGUCGCCAGAUCCCACCGUUGGACCCCCAUGAAAACGGAAACAACGGAACAAUCAAACUGAAGCCAACCUCUCAGGCCGGCCGGCGGUGCUGCUGACCUGGGGCUGGGGUCCCCUGUGCUUGAAGAGGCCGGAGCUCCCCUCCCCGUGCGCUGCUGCGGGGGCCUACCACCCUUGGUGGCCUGGCCCCUGGCUCAGAGGGAGGUGAGACCUGCAGGGAACGGGGCAGGGAAUGUCCCUGGAAAAGGAUU